AUGUUUGGUGGAUACGGUUAUCUGAAGGAUUACCCUAUACAACAGUACUUACGAGAUCUCAGGGGUAACUUUCUUAAGAUAUUUUUCAUAGUUCAUCACAUCUUGGAAGGCUCGAACGAAAUAAUGCGAUUGAUUGUUGGCCGUGAUCUUCUUAACAAUCAAACGUACGGUCCG